AUUUAACGAGCCCUCGCUUUUUCCGCCCAUUUCUUCCUUGCUUCCCAUGAAAUUGAGAAGAAAAGGAAAAUUAAUUGCUCCGGGGGUAUAAAAGCAGAGGGAAGGAGCGAACAGAGUGGAAGUCGUUUGUUUGCGGUCCGUCUCCGGUAGGGGUGUUUUGCCUAGUUGCAGAAAUUUGACUCCUUGGAAAACUUCAGGCAUCUGCCCAUGGCCCCAGUUGGUGUUCCGGAGGGGAUAAAACCUCGAGAUGUGUGCAUUGUUGCUGCGGUUCGAACACCCAUGGGCGGCUUGAUGGGUUCUUUGUCAUCUGUUCCUGCUACAAAACUUGGAUCUAUUGCUAUUGAAGGUGCGCUUAAAAGAGCAGGUAUUGACGCAUCAGAGGUGCAAGAGAUCUUCUUUGGUAAUGUUUUAAGUGCCAAUCUGGGUCAAGCUCCUGCUAGGCAAGCCGCACUAGGAGCAGGGAUACCCAACUCUGUCGUUUCCACAACAGUCAAUAAAGUUUGUGCCUCAGGGAUGAAGGCGGCAAUGCUUGCAGCACAAAGCAUUCAGUUGGGUAUCAAUGACGUUGUUGUGGCUGGUGGCAUGGAAAGCAUGUCCAACACCCCUCACUAUCUCCCUGAUUCAAGGAAAGGGAUCCGAUUUUCACAUGGAACUCUUAUUGAUGGUAUGCUGAAGGAUGGUUUAUGGGAUGUUUAUAAUGAUUAUGCCAUGGGCAUGUGUGCGGAACUUUGUGCAGAUCAACAUUCAAUAUCUAGAGAACAGCAGGAUUCCUAUGCCAUCCAAAGCUUUGAAAGGGGGAUUGCUGCACAAAAUGCUGGUAUAUUUGCAUGGGAAAUAGUGCCUGUUGAAAUACCAGGGGGCCGGGGAAAACCAUCUACACUUGUCGACAAAGAUGAUGGCCUAGAAAAGUUUGAUCCUGCAAAACUAAGGAAGCUUCGGUCAGCUUUCAAGGAUGGGGGUUCUGUUACUGCUGGAAAUGCUUCUACUAUCAGUGAUGGAGCUGCUGCACUUGUCUUGGUGAGUGGAGAGAAGGCACUAAAAUUAGGAAUUCCAGUUAUUGCAAAGAUUAGGGGUUAUGCAGAUGCAGCUCAGGCGCCAGAAUUAUUUACAACUUCACCAGCUCUUGCAAUACCAAAAGCACUUUCACAUGCUGGUUUGGAUGCCUCUUGUGUUGAUUAUUAUGAAAUAAAUGAAGCUUUUUCUGUUGUGGCGCUUGCCAAUCAGAAGCUUCUCGGACUUAAUCCUGAUAAGGUCAAUGUGCAUGGUGGAGCUGUGUCACUGGGGCAUCCACUUGGCUGCAGUGGUGCACGAAUCUUAGUCGCAUUAUUGGGGGUUCUGAGGCAGAAAGAAGCUAAAUUUGGUGUAGCGGCAGUCUGCAAUGGUGGUGGUGGAGCUUCCGCACUUGUUGUGGAGCGAGUGUAAGCCUUUUUCUUUGGUAAGGCACGGUGUGGCAAUGGAGCGGUCGUUGCUUUAGAAGGACGCCUGUUUUGUUUAUUUUUAUUUAUUUAUGAAAAUUAGGAGGAAUAAACCUAGUGCUUUUCUGUGUAGAUGCUAGUAAAAUUUUCCUGUUUAAUGCAAUUUUCCUUUUCUAACUUCUA